AUGUCGACUAGACUAUGCACCAAACCCCUGUUCGACCCGAGCUGUUUGCGAUGUCAACCUGUCAAUCUCGUCAGAAAGUGUGGACCUGAAAACACCAGAGUCUCUACAGCGAGAAAGACAUUUGGCGCACGCUUCUACGCAACAGAUGCGCCCAAGCUCAACUAUGUCGUCCUUACUGGUCGAUCGCUGAUCUCACUCGAUGGUCCAGAUGCCACAGACUUCUUACACAACUUGAUUCCAGCUCCUGUCCUGCCCUUGAACGAUGCCUCUGGAUCCUGCAUUGCGACUGCUUUUCUGAAUGCCAAAGGCCGCAUAAUUCACGAUGCCUUCCUGUACAAACCGACGAAAACUGAUAGUCAUCGCUGGUUUCUGGAGGUUGACGCAAACUCAGCUCCUGCUGUUCUGAAACAUCUCAAGAAACAUAAGCUUAGGACGAAGGUUAAGCUUCAGCAGCUCUCUUCAGAAGAGGCUGCAGUCUUCUACCUAUGGCCCAGAUCAUCCGAUCCUACCAGGACCGAAGGUCUGGUCUUGCGACAAGACCCAAGGCCGAAGAUGGGCAGACGAGGUUACCUGCUUGGCGAAAAUGCUACUCAAAGGCUGAAAGACACAUUGGGAGAGGAGUCCUCGAAAGAAGAAUACCACUGGGAGGACUACAUGAUACAUAGAAUUUUGAAUGGCCACGCAGAAGGUCCUAUCGAGAUCCUGUCGGAACAUGCUCUUCCACAAGAGUCAAAUUUCGACUUCUAUGGUGGCAUCGACUUUCACAAGGGCUGCUACCUUGGUCAAGAGCUAACCAUCCGAACUCAUCAUACCGGCGUUGUUCGAAAGCGCAUACUACCCGUCCAGCUGUAUACCGACGAGAGACCCAUAUCGAAAGACCAAACAAGACCCCAAUACGAUCCUCUUACUUCUCUACCACAGCCCCCCCACGAGGCUAAUAUAGCAAAAUGUGGCGCAAGGGGUAGGUCAGCCAGGAGUACUGGGAAGUGGCUAGGUGGUUAUGGGAAUAUUGGUCUGGCUUUGUGCCGCCUCGAGACUAUGACUGACCUGUCUCUGACUGCUGAAGGCUCGCAAUUCAAUCAAGAGGCUGACCAUUUUGAAGUGGCCUGGCAAGAUGGAACCUCAAAUGAGAACAAUAGUGUGAAGGUAAAGGCAUUUGUCCCACCGUGGCUCAGGCAGGCUAUCGAUGACUCUGUAAAGGCACGUUCCGAAAGGAGCCAAGCUCGGCGGAAGAAGGAUCUUGAAGACGAUGACGAUGACGAAGUCGACUGA